AAGGGACAGGCCACUGAGUUGGGGUUUGCACCUGACCAGACACCUCCCUGCUUGCCUCUUUCUAACACAGACCUCCUCAUCACCCAGAGGUCUCAGCUUCUGAGGUGGUCAUGCCCGAAACACAGCGUGCUGGGGGUCCCCAGGGAGCUGUGGAGCUCAAACUAGACCUCAGGUCACCUCUGCAAAGUGCCGAGAAGCUGCAGGACAAGGACUCCAGCUUCUUGGAGGGAAGCGCUUCCGAGUUGCCGGUCUUGGAGAAGACAAAGGGUAUAACAGCCUUCCAGGCCCUGAUUCACCUGGUAAAAUGCAACAUGGGCACAGGCAUCCUGGGACUUCCCCUGGCUGUGAAGAACGCAGGCCUCCUGACAGGCCCGCUGAGUUUGCUGGCAAUGGGCUUCGUCGCCUGCCACUGCAUGCACAUCCUGGUCAGGUGUGCCCAGCACUUCUGCCACAGGCUUAACAAGCCCUUUAUGGACUAUGGGGAUACAGUGAUGCACGGACUAGAGGCCAGCCCCAGCACCUGGCUCCAGAACCAUGCGCAUUGGGGAAGGCAUAUGGUGACCUUCUUCCUUGUAUUCACCCAGAUGGGCUUCUGCUGUGUGUACAUUGUGUUUCUGGCUGAUAAUUUAAAACAGGUGGUGGAAGCCAUGAAUGGCACCACCAUCAGCUGCCACAAUAACGAGACAGUGAUUCCAAUGCCCACCAUGGACUCUCGACUCUACAUGCUCGCCUUCCUGCCCUUCCUGAUGCUGCUGGUCCUCAUUCGGAACCUCAGGAUUAUGUCCAUCCUCUCCAUGUUGGCCAACAUCAGCAUGCUGGUCAGCUUGAUCAUCAUCAGCCAGUACAUCGCCCAGGAUAUUCCGGACCCCAGCCAGCUACCACUGACAACAAGUUGGGAGACCUACUCUCUCUUCUUUGGAACAGCUAUUUUUUCAUUUGAAAGCAUUGGCUUGGUUCUGCCCCUGGAGAACAAGAUGAAAGACACCCGCCGUUUCCCAGCUAUCCUGUCCUUGGGAAUGUCCAUCAUCACUGCUCUGUACAUUGUCAUCAGUGUUCUGGGCUACUUGCGGUUUCAAAACGACAUCAAGGCCAGCAUAACCCUUAACCUGCCCAACUGCUGGCUGUACCAGUCGGUCAAGCUCCUCUACAUCACUGGCAUCCUGUGCAGCUACGCCCUGCAGUUCUAUGUCCCCGCAGAAAUCGUCAUCCCCUUGGCCGUCUCCCGGGUGUCCAAACGCUGGGCACUGCUCCUGGACCUGUCCGUCCGCUUCACCAUGGUCUCCCUGACGUGCGUCUUGGCCAUCCUCAUCCCCCGCCUGGACCUGGUCCUCGCCCUGAUGGGCUCCGUGAGCAGCAGCGCCCUGGCGCUCAUCAUCCCGCCCCUCCUGGAGAUCACCACCUACUACUCGGAGGGCAUGAGCCCCCUCGCCAUCGCCAAGGACAUCCUGAUCAGCAUCCUGGGCUUCGUGGGCUUUGUGGUGGGGACCUACCAGGCCCUGGACGAGCUGAUCCAGCCGGGACACCCUGCCACCUUUUCCAACUCUACCACUUUUAUUUAGUGAGAAUGGCACAGCUCCUCACCCACCAGCACCUGAUUUUUAACGAUAUGGAACUCUUUUAUACAUGCAUUAUCUUUAUUUUGCAAGGACUCACCAACUACGAGGUCUAAGAUGGUAAUUUAAAUUUUUUUUUAUUCCUUUUCUUUCCAUCUCUAGCUUUCUGCUACGUUGAGAGCUCUCCCAUGGUAGACUCUCAAUUCCAUCCAACUUUCUGGCAAUUCACAGUGAUUUUUACACCUUGAGUGGAGCUAUGCAAGAAGUCGCCACUGGGGGCACCCAAGUGGCAGCAACUGGCAGAAGGAGGUGUGGCCCGCUAAGGCUGACCUGGGUUUGAUAGACAAAGGGUUUCAGCAAAGUGAGGACAGCUCCAGCAUUGAGAUGGAGAGGGCCAAGAGGGCCAUUGUGAGCCACAACUUGCAGACAGAAGAGCCAUCAUAUUUGUCAAGGGCAAUACACUUUCUAAACCACUGGGUAAAGCUUUGGCCCAAUUCAAAGAUCCCAGCAAUAGAUCGGAGGCAUGGAAAUAGCUGUGCCAAUGGCGGGGGGAAGGGGUGGACAAUGACACCAUUGGACAUUAUUUUCCUGUUAAGUCUUGCACCAUCUUGAUUACCUACUGUGGGCCAAGCAUAGUUCUAGGCUCUUGUAGUAGAUUACAAAACUGGCCACAAAUUCCUCUCGACAAUGUGGCUUUUCAGCUCCUCCCAUCAAGAGGGGAAAUCUACUCUUGGCAUCGGGUCUUAGACUUUGAUGUGCUUUGGCCAAGGGGAUGUUAGUAAAGGUGAUGCAAACAGAGGUUUGUCGAUGGCUUGUGCAUCAGGGCUUUCACCCCUUGCUGUGCUGUGGAGCCAAGACCGCCAGGUGACAAAGCCUGCUGCAGGAUGGGAGGCCGUGUGAAGCAGAAACCAACUAUUCCAGUUGAGCCCUGCCCCCCCAAGCCUGUCAGCCUGCCAACUUCCGGACACAUAAGUGAAGCCAUUCUUAGACUACAUGCAGCCCCAGUGAAGCCGACCCAGACCAUACGAAUUGACCAGAUGAUCCACAGAAUUGCGAGAAAAUAAUAAAUGUUUGUGAUUU